AAAGCAUAUUUCAGCGAAUUUUAAAAUUUCUUGAAUUUUUGACGACAACUUGUUGUCCUCCUGCCCUUGCACUACAAACUUUGGGUUUCCUGUGCUCUCUGUCUUUUCAAGAUGGCGGCUUUUGGCGGGAGAUUUAGUUGUCUUUUGAUUUUCGUACACGAUCUAAAAAAUACAGCCAAAUGCAGCUCUUUGUGUCUACUUCUCUGGCUCCGGUAGUCUAUCAUGAGUAGAAUAAACAAAUCACGUUUGCAAAAAGGACGCGGAAAGUCUAACAAUGGCAAAUCCGAGGAGAAAAGCACGAGUAAUCAGCAGUCCAUCACUGGAUACUUCAGCAAGGGUGAACCUGCCAACCAGCUAUUUUCUACUUUUGGCUCAGCCAGAAAAAGUGUUGAGAGAAAAAGCUUGAAAUUGAAGAAAGACAAACCAAGAAAGCAGGAUGCAAAGCCCAAAGAUGGGCAGGAUAGCAGCAGUGGCAAGGAGCGUAAUGGUAAAAAUGACUCACAGAUGACUAACCAAACAAGAGUUUUGAAACAAUGUGAAAGCAAUGAUGAUGCAAAGAAUAUAACUUAUGCCUAUAAAUCUGCCAAGGGAGAUGUUGCUCUAGAGCCGAGAUUCAAAACGCCUUUCAGCACAAAAAGUAUAGUACAAAAGAUCACAGAAGUUAUAAACCUUGAAGAUUCAGAUGAUGAUAUUAUUCCCCCAACCCCCUCCCCUGGGGCAUGCCACAGUGUUCUUGCUAUCAGAGGAGAACAAGCCAAAUCACUGGCAAUCAAAGGCUUUACCCAAAUAAAACCGAGCAAUGAGAGGACUGGGGGAAAUGAAGUUAAGAAAAAACCUCUGUCACCAAAAAAUGACAAGACCAAAAAUAUGACACAGAGAAAGACUUUUCAAUCGUCCUCAACUCGCAAGCUUUCCUUUGAAAACAAGACAAAAGAUUUAUCUAAAGUAAAAUUUGGUGAAACUUCUACAAAUAAAUUAGAUGAACAGCCAUCUAAGAAAUUAAACAACAUAUCAGAAGGACUUUUAACAGAACAGACGAAGAAAACUUCUGUCAAACUAUGCUUUGAGAACAAUUCAAACAACACAGGAAUUAAUACAUGUUCUGUACGAGAAGACACUCAAGAAAUAACAGUCCUGGCCCCUGCCAAGAUAAGUAAAUCCAAGAUUACGUCACUCAAGAGGAGAGCUUCUAAAGGAGGGACUUCCCCAGCUAAAAAAAGACAGAAUACUUCUUCUUCCCCGUCCAUUGCUACAAAGGAAAAUGUUAAAAGCAACCUUUUCUUUGGUCAACUUGAUGAAUCAUCAAUGAGCCCAACAUCAGUAAGUUAUUCUAUUGACAUGGACAUUGCACAGUGUUAUGGGGUCAGUAUGAUGAAUCAAGAGAUGGGAAGCGAUAAACAGCCAGGCAUUGCCUGCAAUAGUGCAGAGGAAAGCACAGAGACUAGUAAGCCAUUAGACCUUGGGGAUAUCUCUUUUGGGGAUGACGAUUUCUGGGAAGGAGAACAUGGUGCUACACAGUUGUCCAGUUCAUUAUCCAGUAGGAAGAAAGAAGUUGAUGGAGGAAGUUACGAAAGAAAGAAGAUAGUAGACCUUGCCCUUCUGACCCCAACUAAACUCAAUACAACUGUCAAUGAUCAGGCCACACCAGGGAAAGAACCAUCACAUUGUGUUCAGCAGGGUUUUACAACACCUGUAAAAUCAUUGUUGGAGACCUCUAAAGACAGUCUUAUGGAUGGGAUAGAAUUGGGUGGACUGCUGGAUGGAGUGGAAUGGUCACCAAUUGGUAAAAUGCCAGGAAGUGCUGCUAAAAGCAUACAGUCCAAAUCCAGCCCAUACUCUCCCUACACCACCCCCUACAGUAGACUUCUUGUCCUGGAAGUGUACCGUCGAGAGAUGGUAGGGGACACAGCGCGGUAUGGAAGAAGCCUGUCUGAGAAGGUGCUACGCGUGUUUGAGGAGACGGUGAGCCAUGAGAAAUAUGUGUACCUGAGAGAAGACUGGGAAGGAACAGAUGUGGAGCCUGGAGAUAUAGUACAUGUCACAGGUGUUUUUGACAUCAAUUCUGGAGUCUGCAUCCUGGAUAACACAGCUAACAACUACAUCAUUGUUCACCCUGACACACUCAUCUCCGGGACAACCAUUGCAGGAGCAACACGCUGCUUGCGUAGGAGCAUACUAAAUGAACGGUUCAGGACAGAAGAUGCGAAUGAGGCCAUGCUGAUGGGUACACUAUUGCAUGACUUGUUUGACAGAGCCAUGAAGUCCAACGAUUUCUCACAUGAUGCCUUGCUCUGUGCUGUGCAAGGAUUGCUGGAACAGUUCACAUAUUUGGAUGGAUUUUAUGGGCUUGGAAUGACAGAGUGCGAUGCACUAAACAAGGUGAAGGAGUUGUUGCCUGCCUUUAGUGAGUGGGCGUGGCGCUAUGUGUGUGAUCUUCCCGACCCUGAUCUGAGUACCAUGGAUUAUAAGGAUGGAUCAUGUGACACAGGAGGCACUGAGAUGCCGAGCGUGUGUGUGUCACAGCUCAGGGACAUCGAAGAGAAUGUCUGGUCUCCAAGGUUUGGAUUGAAAGGUAAGGUUGAUGCCACUGUGGAGGUUAAAAUUGACCGCCGCCCCAUGAGCAGGAGACAUCGCCCAGGCAUGGAUAAUCAUCUGACCACAGCUUCAGUACCACUUGAGCUCAAGACUGGCAAACUCUUUUCUAAGCUUGGAUCUGUGGAGCACCGUGCGCAGGUUAUCCUCUACACACUGUUGCUAAGCGACCGCUACCGUCACGGAAUUGACACGGGCCUGUUGUAUUACAUGAAGUCUGGUCACACAAUAGGCGUCCCUGCUCUGCUACACGAGAAGCGUGCGCUGAUCAUGAGACGGAAUGAGGUGGCGCGUUAUCUGACCCUGAGUAGGGCUGGGGGUGGACGGACCAUGCCUGCCAUGCUGCAGGACCCUCACACGUGCAAACGCUGCUCACAAGCACAGAACUGCUCAGUUUUCCACAAGUCGCUGGAAAGUGGCGAUCACGUGACCAGUGGCAUGGGCGACCUCUUCCAUGAGCUGACCAGUCACGUGUCCCCAACACACUGCGAGUUCUUCGCUGAUUGGUUCAAGCUUGUGUGCCUUGAAGGCCAGGUCAUACUACAGUCAGGGAGAUCAAGCCAGCACAGCAUAUGGACGAUAAAUGCCUGGGACCGAGAGAAACUUGGUCAGUGCUUUAGCGGUAUGGUGCUGGACUCCACUGUACCAGAGCAUCAUGGGAAAUAUAUUCAUCGGUUCGAGCGGUCAGUUGAUCACCCGUCCGAGGUCUCUUUGGUUGAUGUGCCGAUCACCGUUGGGGAGAGACUGGUAGUAAGCGAAGAGCAUUGCAACCUGAUUGCCGUAGCAUCAGGAUAUUUGCGGAGUGUGACAGAGGAGGCGGUUGAAAUCACCCUUGACAGAAACCUCGCACACUGCUGUAAAGGUACUCCCUAUGAGGGACGCUCGCUCGUGUUUCGUCUCGACAAAGACGAAGGCUACAGCUCGCUGACAACACUUUGGUCAAACGUCGCCAAACUCUUCAACAAGGACUCGGAAAGGGACGCGAGGCUUCGCCGGAUGGUUAUCGAUUUUGAGCCUCCCGUGUUCUCACGCAGUCGGCAAGCGCUCAUCAAUUUCAGCAGCCAGUCGUCUGGUAGCAGUCAAUCGUCGGCUGGCUUCGUAUUGACGGAUACAGAGACGUCACAAGAAACAUGUUCAUCAUACCAGGACACGACAGUGCACACCAUCAUUCAGGAGUUGAACGCUGGCCAAAAGCGCGCCGUGUGCAAAGCACUGACCGCCGAGGACUACGCCCUUAUCCUCGGCAUGCCCGGGACUGGGAAGACGACCACGAUCGCUUGCCUGGUUAAAGUGCUGAUCGCGAGUGGCAAAAGUGUGCUGCUCACCAGCUAUACGCAUACCGCCGUGGACAACAUACUACUCAAGCUUAAAGAGGCGGGUGUGGACUUCCUUCGGCUUGGCCAAGCUCACAAGGUUUUACCUGAGAUCCAGCCUUACACAGUGGGCGUGGCAGGCUCACAUGUCAAGACGGUAAACGAGCUUAGAGCAUUCUACGACUCGAAGUCUGUGGUGGCGACCACGUGUCUUGGGGUUAACCACGCGCUAUUCACGCAGCGCUCGUUCGAUUACUGCAUCGUGGACGAAGCGUCUCAGAUCACGCAACCGGUCUGUCUCGGCCCGCUCCGUCACGCGAGGGUCUUCGUGCUGGUAGGAGACCAUUACCAGUUACCCCCACUUGUCCAGAGCCUACAAGCCAGGGAGGGAGGUAUGGAUGUCAGCUUGUUUAAGCGCCUAUCAGAGCGCCACCCUCAGGCCGUAGUGAGCCUAGAACACCAAUACCGCAUGCACAAGGAUAUCAUGACCCUUUCCAACACCCUGAUCUAUGGCGACCGACUCAAGUGUGGCACCCCUCAAGUGGCCAACGCCCUGCUCGACAUCCCGCACUGGGAUGAGCUGUGUGUCUGGCUGCGCACGCAUGCUUCUCAAGCUGAUGACAACUGGUUAAUUCAAGCACUGGAUCCCUGUUACCCCGUGGUGUUUCUGAACACGGACAAAGUACCCGCGUUAGAAACACAUUCCGGGAGCCUGGUGUCUAAUGAGCGAGAAGCCAUUCUUGUGCAGCAACUGACAUGCGCACUGAGACGCGGUGGAGUAGAGCCUGGGUCGAUUGGGAUCAUUUCUCCUUACAGACAUCAACUGAAGCUCAUCAGGCAACUGCUGAAUGACGUCCCGCGGGAAUCCCUCGAGGAGAUCGAGAUCAACACAGUCGACAAAUACCAGGGGCGCGACAAGGGCUGUAUUCUAGUCUCCCUAGUCCGCAGUAACGACGCUGCCAAUGUUGGCGAACUGCUGAAGGACUGGCGCCGAGUCAACGUGGCCGUGUCACGUGCUAAGCGCAAGCUGAUUCUGAUAGGCUCGCUGUCAACCCUGAAAGCAAGUCUUCUGUUGCGCGAGUUACUUGAUGUUCUGGUGAAGAAUAAGUGGGUGAAGGAUUUGCCGUCACACGCGCACACUGUGAAUGAAAGCUUGUCUGCCGGUGACAGCAAGCAGUCACAGUAAACAAUACCCACACUUUGAAUGAACGCUUGUUUGCCGGUGAGAACACGCAGUCACAGUAAACACUACCCACACUUUGAAUGAACGCUUGUCUGCCGGUGACAGCACGCAAUUAGAGUAAACACUACCCACACUGUGAAUGAACGCUUGACUGCCGGUGAAAACACGCAGUCACAGUGAACAAUACCCACACUGUGAAUGAACGCUUGUCUGCCGGUGACAGCACGCAGUCACAGUGAACACUACCCACACUAUGAAUGAAAGCUUGUCUGCCGGUGACAGCACGCAAUUAGAGUAAACACUACCCACACUGUGAAUGAACGCUUGUCUGCCGGUGAAAGCACGCAGUCACAUUAAACACUACCCACACUAUGAAUGAAAGCUUGUCUGCCGGUGACAGCACGCAAUUAGAGUAAACACUACCCACACUGUGAAUGAACGCUUGUCUGCCGGUGAAAACACGCAGUCACAGUAAACAAUACCCACACUGUGAAUGAAAGCUUGUCUGCCGGUGAAAGCACGCAAUUACAGUAAACAGUACCCACACUGUGAAUGAACGCUUGUCUGCCGGUGAAAGCACGCAGUCACAUUAAACACUACCCACACUAUGAAUGAAAGCUUGUCUGCCGGUGACAGCACGCAAUUAGAGUAAACACUACCCACACUGUGAAUGAACGCUUGUCUGCCGGUGAAAACACGCAGUCACAGUAAACAAUACCCACACUGUGAAUGAAAGCUUGUCUGCCGGUGAAAGCACGCAAUUACAGUAAACAGUACCCACACUGUGAAUGAACGCUUGUCUGCCGGUGAGAACACGCAGUCACAGUAAACACUACCCACACUAUGAAUGAAAGCUUGUCUGCCGGUGACAGCACGCAAUUAGAGUAAACACUACCCACACUGUGAAUGAACGCUUGUCUGCCGGUGAGAACACGCAGUCACAGUAAACACUACCCACACUGUGAAUGGACGCUUUUUUGCCGGUGAGAACACGCAGUUACAAUGUAGUGCACACUUACAUACGCUCUACUAUCGUCUACAAUAUGUCCUCAUACAAAGCCAUUUGCAAUGUGACGCGCGCUACCGUGGCCACCUUGACAGUUUAGGGGGAAGUAGGCAAAUCAGGAUGGGAGAAGCGUACUAUUUAAUACCACGCGCGCUACCGUGGCCACCUUGACAGUUUAGGGGGCAGUAAGCCAAUAGGGAUGGAGAAACAAUUUGAUUGACAUAAACUUCCCUACCAAAACAAUCUGUCCAAUAUUACAGCUUAUGUGUACAAUAUUUGUGAAAGCUUUUUGUAAUCGUGACAAAUUUUGUAUUGAUUUCGAGCACUGAACGAAAUCUACAACUCCUGUUUAUAUGUACAUGGUUUUGCAAAGAACUGUUCCAUGUGUUGAUAUAUAUAGCUCAUG